CUAGACCAAAUAUCACUCUCUCUUUCAUACACUCAACAAAACACCUUUAAUUUUCUUCUUUCUUUCACAACUCAAAAUCAAGAAAGCAAAUACAAGGUGGUUGUUAAGCUGUCAAUCUAUCAAUCAAUCAAUCAAUCGCUAAGACCAAUCAUCAAUCAAGUUAUAAAAGAAAGAAAAACAAAGAAUCGAAGAAGAUGUCCUCUUCUACAUUAUCUUUGGAUCACCUUCCUCCCUCGGAGCAGCUCUGCUAUGUGCAUUGCACCGUUUGCGACACUGUGCUCGCGGUGAGUGUUCCUUGCACAAGUUUAUUCAAGACUGUAACCGUUCGAUGUGGACACUGCACAAACCUUCUUCCUGUGAACAUGCGUGGCUUACUUCUGCCUUCAGCUAAUCAGUUUCACUCGGGUCACAACUUUUUCUCCCCUUCCCAUAAUCUUCGGGAGGAGAUCCCAAAUCCACCUCCAAACUUUCUAAUCAGUCAAACCAACACCCAUGAUUUCUCCAUACCGUCUCGAGAAGUAGUUGAUGAGCUUCCACGGCCCCAAGUUCUCAACAGACCUCCGGAAAAGAGACAAAGAGUCCCAUCGGCGUACAACCGAUUCAUCAAGGACGAGAUCCAACGCAUUAAGGCUGUAAAUCCUGAUAUAACCCACAGAGAAGCCUUCAGUGCAGCGGCUAAGAAUUGGGCCCACUUUCCACACAUUCACUUUGGUCUGAUGCCUGAUCAGGCAGUGAAGAAGGCUAACGUGCUCCAGCAGGAAGGAGAAGAUGUUCUUAUGAAAGAUGGUUUUCUAGCUUCAACAAAUGUAAAUGUUGGUGUUUCUCCUUUCUAAGAAGGGAAGGUGGGAAGUGGUGGUGUUUCUAGGGCUCAGAUCUUGGUUGCUUUAAUUUGCUUGUUGUCUUGUUGUUUAACAUGUGUACGCAGUUGAUUCACUACUUCAUAACCCAUUAUUAUCUUCCUCUUAAACUCCUUUUAAUGUUUAUAUUUUGCCUAUUACCUGCUUAAGUUUCUGUAUGUCGUAUGUCUGUUUUGUUUGAGAAACACCUUCUUCUAUGUUUCAACAUUUAUUUCUCAUCAAUAUUUUAGCUUUAGCUAGUCUUGGAUAUUA